CCAAGUGGUUGUUGGUCACUUGGUUGGUUCGUUAGCUAGCAUGGUACUAAAACACUGUGGCAAACCUCCCUAAUUCUUACAAAGCAAGAUACCAAUAUCCAGAAAGCUAAAGACCCUCAAGUUAAUUAAUCUUGUGUACCUAAACACACUACAAUUCGAAAACAAGCGCACAUGACAAAAAAUGACGGUUAAUUCUCAAUUUGAUCUUUCAUCCACAAACACCUCAUGAGGAUGCACUUUCAGUGAAAAUGCAAAGAACCCAAGUUGCCAUGUAGACCAAUGAUUUUCCAACACAGGUUGAAAAUAUAUGAAACUACACAUGACUGGAACUAAUGGUUUCAUCAUGUGGGAGUUGGACAUGAUGCAUGUCUCUUUUGGCUUUUACGCUUAAAAGCAUGGUAGUUUAUAUGUUUCAUGUUGUUUCGAAUUUUGUUUAGCCAUGCACAUGGAUGUUCAGUACUAAAACCGUGUAUAUUGCAGGAAGGUCGGCCCGUGCACCUGCUCGUGCUCCAGCACGCAACCCCUCUGCACCAGCAAGCCGUGCACCCCCUCCUGCCCCUGUUCAGGCCAGCAGUGGUGGAUCAAUGCUUGGAGGCAUUGGUUCCACCAUAGCCCAAGGUCUGGCGUUCGGUACUGGAAGUGCUGUUGCUCACAGGGCUGUGGAUUCUAUAAUGGGUCCUCGUACAAUCCAGCAUGAAACUGUUGGUGCUGCUGCUCCGGAUGCUGCCACAACCAACUCUGUCUCUGAUGCUUGUGGCAAUCACUCCAAGGCAUUCGCAGAUUGCAUAAACAGCUCUGGGAGUGACAUUAGCAAGUGCCAGUUUUACAUGGAUAUGUUGGCAGAGUGCAGGAGGAACUCAAGCCUUGCAGUUUGAUAAUAAUCAGCUAUGUUGUUAUUGAUUGAAUUGGUUUAUGGUGUCUCUCAUCAUUUUAUGAACUAAAACUACUUUAUUGACCAAUAAAAUGGCAUCGAUGUUUUUUGCUGGAUUCAAA